GGCAGGACGAAUUUCGUUUAGCACGUCCUUGCGUUGAGCCGAUGCAGUUGGCAGUUCUCGCAGCAAUUUCGGGCGAUUAGUUUCGAUCCCGCGGCGGUGUCUCGAUUUGUGCCUGGAGGGGGUGUACACACAUAAAAAUUCAUAUCGUUUAUCGGGACAGAAAGUUUUGCGGCUCACAUUUAAUUAACUGAAAUGCCUGAGAGACUAGACAUCAAUGCACCAUUGUGGGACCAGAACACCUUCAUAGGUAGGUUCAAACAUUUUCUGUGGGUCACAGAUCCCAGGACAUGUGUGGUCACUGAGGAAGCUCUUGACAAUGCCAAGAUCCUUGUCGAACAGUACAAGAACAAAACAGAACCUCCAGGCACAAGUAUAGAGCAAGUUAUUUAUGCGAAGAAACUGUAUGAAAGUGCAUUUCACCCUGAUAGUGGAGAGAAACAGAAUGUGUUUGGAAGAAUGUCUUUCCAAGUACCUGGUGGUAUGGCCAUCACUGGUGCUAUGUUGCAGUUUUAUAGAACGGCGCCAGCUGUUGUCUUUUGGCAAUGGGUAAAUCAGUCAUUUAACGCCCUGGUAAAUUAUACGAACCGAAAUGCAAAAUCUCCAACAACAACUACCCAACUUCUUGUCGCUUAUGUCACUGCCACUUCAUCUGCCAUGGCAACUGCUCUUGGAUGCAAAUAUUACUGGUCCAAGAAAGCCAGCCCCUUUAUUCAGCGUUAUGUCCCAUUCGCCGCAGUUGCAGCCGCCAAUUGCGUUAACAUCCCCUUAAUGAGGCAAAACGAGAUCUUGCACGGAAUUGAUUGCACGGAUGCCGAUAACAAAAUCGUCGGUCAGUCUAAAUUGGCCGCUGGUAAAGGUAUUGCCCAGGUGAUUAUAUCUAGGAUCACGAUGUGCGCCCCAGGCAUGCUCAUUCUUCCUGUCAUUAUGGAACGUCUCGAGAAAUUCCCUUGGAUGCAAAAGAUCACUCCGCUUCACGGGCCCAUUCAGGUCAUGGCAGUUGGAUGCUUCCUCUCAUUCAUGGUACCAACAGCUUGUGGAUUGUUCCCUCAAAGAUGCUCAUUGAAAAUGUCUACUCUAGAAUGGCUUGAGCCUCAGGCUUAUGAACAAAUUAAGAAGAAUACGGGUGGAAAAGUACCCGAAAGAAUAUAUUUCAAUAAAGGUCUUUAAAAAACCAAAUCCUGAAAUGCUUUGACAAUAAUAGGUUUAAAGUUUGUGGACGAGUUUGUUAGAGUAGAAAGAUUUUAAGCUCCUUUAAGUCUGAAACCUUUCUACACUAAUAAUAGAUUUGUUACAAUUUGAGCCUAGAUUGAUAUUAAUAUAUUUCUUGUAUAAGAAAUGUGAUGCUAGUAAGCAUAGAGUAAACUAAUACCAGGUAUGACUUCAAAUGGAUAUAUACGUAGUAAUUUAAUGUGCACCUAAUGAACAAUUAUGUUUCGAAAAAAUAUUGUAGUCAUUGUAGAAAAUUCUCAUUGUGAAUGUAUGUAUAUUAAUACUUGACUUGCAGAUAUUUCAAAAAAGUACUUAAACGAAUAAUUUAUUUUAUAAAAUUUUUCUUAUAAUUUUUAUUAUCACUAGCAAAUUUUACACGCAGCAAUAUACAACACUUUUUAUUUAUUAUGCAAAUCUAUCAGGUUUUAUGAGUUUAUAUAAAGUAAUAAAUAAGCAAUAAUUUAUACACCGUUAUUGUUGAUUCGUAAUUAAAUAUAUGUUUUAAACACAA